AUGACGGCCCCAUCACAAAAAGCAGUCAGCAUCCGCCCUGCCAUUCUUUCAGAUGUUAGCGCCAUCACUGAACUCGGCGCACGUGUCUUUUCAGUCACAUUCGGCCACUCAGUCGAGCCUCACGAACUGGCAGCCUUCCUGGAAGAAUCAUACACAGAAAAAGCAAUCACGAGCGACAUCAACGACCCGAACAAGGAUGUCAUUGUCGCUACGAAUUCGGACAAUGAGUUCCUGGGUUUCGCCUAUCUCACUCGGGGAAGCACUGAGCCUUGUGUAGAGGACUUAGAAAAGACUAUCGAGUUACAGAGGAUAUAUGUUGACACCAACUCCCAUGGCGCUGGCGUAGGAAAGGCGCUGGAGAAAUUUAUUGAAGGAAUGGCGAGGGAUCAAGGAUUUAAGCAUCUUUGGCUGGGGGUGUGGGAGGAGAAUCCCAGGGCAAUAAAGGCGUAUGAGAAAUGGGGAUACAAGCAGGUUGGAGACCACGACUUUACGAUUGGGUCAAUAGUGCAGAGAGACCAUAUUAUGGUAAAGACGUUGUAG